UGUAUAUAAAUACAUGUGUUUGAACUGACUGACUUUAUUUAUAGCUUAUUGGUAUGUCGACUUUGCUUACCAGAGUGACGUUGUCAUGACCGGAACGUACAGUUAAACAACUAAAAGAAAACAUGGCGUGUGCAACGGGUUUUCUCGAACAUUUCAGUUAACACAAUCAUACAUAUGUACCUCGAAAUGUUUGGGGUAGCUAAGAUGACUCCGAAUUGAAGGCGAUCGAAUUUUAAUCAGCGUUUGAGGAAUCAGAACCAGAUAUCAAUUCAACAUGGAUGACAUCCCAGAUAGUAUGCGCCAUAGACCUCGCCGGCAGUCAAGUGUCGUUACAUCUGUUCGGGAGGUCUCGGAAGAUGGCGAUUAUGCAAGUCUUAGAGAGGCAAGGAAGGCUAAAGGAAAGAUAAAAUUAUCACCAGUUGCUGAACACAGUUUGAACGACGACAGUGGUAUUGUAAGUGAAGAGGCGUUCGAGGUCAGUGCAUCAAAACCAUCACAGCGCCCAUUUUCACCACCGGCUGAUGAGCGUUAUGAGAAGGUCCGAGUUCAGCUUUUCGACGUAGUGGAGAAGGGAACGCCAUCAGAUGUGCAAAACAUGAUGGCAAAGGCUGAGGGUUAUGUUCCUUUGCACCACGCUGCUAUGUUAGAUCAUUCAAAUAAUCAGACUAUUUUACAUUAUGCCUUGCAACUUGGCAGGAUAGAAAUAGUUGAAACAGUUAUCGACAAUGGCAGCAAAGAGUUACUACGACAACUUUUCACGUUACCGAAAACAACUCGCUCAGCGCUACAUCAAAUUACAGAGCGAAACAAUUUGGAUUUAGCAACAAAGUUUAUGGACAAAUUUCCGACCCAAGCCGAAAAAAUUGAAGUGAUAAAACCAGAAACCAUGGUUGAAAUAGCUGGGCAAAGACCAAGAACGUUUUCAGCGUAUCAUCUAGCUGCUUUCAAAGGCUUCACAGAUUUGGUAAAACUCUUCUUGGAUUCCGGAAUAGAUGUUAACUCUCUAAACGUGAAGAAAGACAGCGCCCUGCUUUGGGCUGCCAGAUGGGGCCACAAUGAAACAGUUAAAUUUCUCUUAGAAAGAAAAGCUGAUGUGAGUUUGGAAAACGAUAAAAAAUCGACGGCGUUGUAUUGGUCUGUGCGAUACCAAUUGAUCGAUACUGUUGUGAUAUUGUUAGAAAAAGGCAAGGCCAAUCCAAACCAGACAAGGCUUCUGGGACUUGUAGCUCCAAUAGUUAUGGCUUCGGCGUUAGGGAACAACGAUAUCGUCAAAGUGUUACUUGACAAUGGAGCAGAUGUCAAUAUGACAAUCCGAGGAGGAGAAACUCCACUUCAUCACGCUGCCAAAGAGGGACAUCUAGACGUAGUCCAGACUCUUCUGGACAAACAAGCAGACCUUAAUGCACAAGAUGAAAAGGGUGAACGAUCUUUGACACUUGCAGCACAAAAUGGACACGCAGACGUUGUGAAAUAUCUUCUUAAGUGUGGGGCAGACAUGUACCACAAGAACCACUUUGGGUUUGAUUCUUGGUACUAUGCGAUGGCACAACACAAUGAAAUUGUUCUGCGGGUGUUGACUGAACACUACACAAAUCUACGAUCCAACACUAUAAAAGUGAAAUCCCCAUUGUGUAUCGCAGCAAGUCUUGGAAAUUGUCCGAUGAUCAAAAUCCUUCUGAAGAUGAGAGUUGAUCCUGAAGAAACAGAUGAAAACGGAAAUACAUUUAUUCACCAUGCUGCAAUAAACAACCAGGAUAAUGUGAUAAAACAUUUCCACAAAAAGGUCAGCAUUGAUGCGCAAAACAACUGUAAGGAAACAGCUAUGCAUAUUGCAUGCAGAAGAGGAAGUCAUGACGUUGUCUUAGAGCUGAUGGACAAAAAGGCUAAAUCCAAUAUUGGCAAUUUGAAAGGAGAAAACGCCCUCCACGUGUUGGCUUCGUCGAAAAAAACAUCCCCAGGGAUUGCACGAGCUCUUGUGGAACAUACUAUUAAAUCGCAUGACUGGGAAAGUGUAAAUGCUACGGAUAACGAGGGAAACAAUGCUCUUCAUAUUGCCGGAUUAUAUGCAGAACCUGAUGUUCUUUGGGAAUUUCGAUUCGUCAGAUUCAAGGACGUCGACACAGAGGGAAAUACACCUCUUCACGAGGCAGUGAUUUCUGGGAACCAAGAGGUUUUAGAAACUUCUCUAGACAUCUACGAGAAUAUGCAGAGAGAUGCUGACAUCAAUACACUGAACAAGAGAUCUGAAAGUGUGUUGCAUUUGGCUGCAUCUGCAGGUUUUUCCGACAGUGUAACAAGAUUGAUCUUUUAUGGUGCAGAUCUUACUUGUGCUGACAAGGACGGAAACACUGUUCUUCACAGACUUGUCAGGGAUAUGGCGGAGAAAAAAAGUGAUCUGAAGGCCAAUGCACGUGUAAUGGAAACGAUUCUCAACGAUUCUGUUCGAUGGUGGUGCAACCAUCAUGGAUUAAUCUAUCCGGGAGAGAACGAAUCCCUUUUCAAACAAUUACAAAGGAAAGCACUCCUGUCUUUGGUCAAUGAUUACCCUAACAAGCAUAAUCUUUCUGUGCUAGCGUACGCUUACAAAGUUGGAUCACACCUGUUUUUGAAUCGAAUCCUCACCAUGCCAGACGUGAUGAUGUUUCAGAAGGAAGAUGACAUUUACUUUGACAUCACCCAUCUCACACCAACAACCAACCACAACCUCGCAAGAUGUUGCAGUUGUUUGUCGGCUAGAGUCCAGCAUUCGAAUUCUCACAUCGAUCUCCUGAUGACGCUUGAUGCGAAAGGACGUGCUUCGCAUGUGCUUGACAUUCCUCCAGUUCGACAAAUCGAAAGAAUGUACACUGCAAUUUGUGCAUGGGCUUAUGGGUUUUUCAUGAUCAUGCACAUUCUUUACAUGAGUGUAUUUUCGUACGUAGGCAUAGAAAUCGCUUCUAAAUUCCGAGACCUUGCCAAUGGUACCCCACUGUCAGACUCGGAUCCCCUGAUGAUAGUUGCAUACAUCGUUGUUCCUAUAGAACCCGCCAUCGGUCUUCUAUAUGGCAUGGUGGACCUUUGUAGAAAUCUAUGUCGACGGGAGCUACCUACGUUACGGAACUUUAUGACUUUUCUUUUUGUGAUUAUGUUUGCAAGUUUGGUGUUUUCCUGGCUGAUAAUGAUUGCUGUUCGCAGCACAGAUCACGACUAUGUCUUGUCCAUUUGCUUGUGUUUAGGAUGGAUGCUGUCUAUUUCAUUCACAAGAGGUUUCAAAGGAAUCCACUACUUUUUCAAGAUGUUAGUGAACAUGAUCAUGAGAGAUGUAUUUCGUUUCCUCAUAGUAUUUUCGUUCGUUCUUUUGGCAUUUAGUAUUGCACUCCAUACCCUCUUUCAGAUUUCUACAGAUAUCGUAAACACGUACACAGAUCCAUUUGAAACUAUAUUUCUAGCUUUUAACAUGAUGAUCGGUAUGGCGGAAUUAUUCGACGGUACAAUUGAAACAGGCAUGGAAAGUGUUGGACGGACGGCAACUUUCGUAAAGGCCUUUUAUAUUGUGUACAUUUUGUUGUCGACAAUCGUCUUGCUGAAUUUGCUCAUUGCCAUGAUGAACGACUCAUAUUCGGACAUUCUCAGGCACCAACAGGUAUCAUGGCGUGUGGAAUCUGUUCAGAUUGGAAUAGGAAUCGAGAAUCUGUUUCCAUGGUUUCCUUCCAUAUUUGGAAGAGUUACUAUCAAACGAGAACAGUUCGGCAUUAGAAACAAAAAUGGGAACGAGGAAGACGAACGGUGGUAUCUAGUGACAAAUGCAAGGUCAUUGGAUGAAUAUAAACCAGACAGAGCCGAUGAGGAUACAGCCGAGCGAAUGACAAGAGUUUUGGAAGAACGGCUCCAGGAAGUUGACGAUCGAAUAAGAAGUACAGAACAACGAUCCAUCGAGACAACCCAAAAAUUUGAUGAAAUAUUAAGCAUUUUAUCAAAAAUAGAAAAGCGAGAUGGGUCAGUGAAAUAACUUUAUUUUAUGUGAAACGUUCUAACAAAGCUUAGAAAUCAAUUAUGUAUGAGGAGUAGAAGUUAAGAAAAAAAAACAUUGACAAUGAGAUAUGUUCUGACUAUCUGUGAUGAACUGACUGUGAUAACAUUGGUACUUUUGUACAUCUCAAUAUAAUAUUUAACUUUUGGAGAUUUUACUGCGUCAUUGCACACACCAUAUAAGGUAUUUGUAUGUUCAAUUUAUUAUUAUAUUUAUUAAUUGUUAUUAUUAUAAUGAACGUUCAGUAAUUUUCUUUUUGAAAGAUGUUAACACCUUAAAUAUAACAAUGAAAAAUAUAAAAAAAUAAAUAUGAUACACAUGGAAUAAAGCAAGAACAUUCACCUGAUUGCAUUGAUAGCUUAAAAAGGCAUUUGGUUAAAGGUUAAUUUUGGAUGUAUCACUCUUUUGAAACUCCCAGAAAAAGGUAAUGUUUACAAAAGGAAGUUUUUGCUUAAAAUCAAAUUAUUUUUCUACUAGAAAUAUGCCAUGUUUACUAGGUGCAUGUUGUAAAUAAAUAUGCUACUAUUCUUGUUACGUUCAACCAAUGUUGAAACGAGGCUGAUUUUGAGGCCGAUCAGUGUAGUUACUGUGCAUACGUGUUAGUAGUCAGGUAUGUCGUAUUUAACAUCUAUCUUCUUUGAUUUUUAAGGAUAAAGCAAACAGUUUUGCGCCUGGGAGUACAAGUGAUCAUUUUUUUACACCACUGAAUGAACAUUUUAAGAAAACGGUCAUUUACCAUACCAUGAGAUAAUCGCAUUGGUCCCGAUAAAGCGGGAUUCUAAAAUAUACAUUAUAUUUGAAUGUGAAACUUGAGGCGAUCACGACUUAACUGAUUUUUUUACAAGAAAUAUCAACAUAUUGUACUUACUAUGUAUUAUAUUGUUUUCGUCAUUACUAAAUCCGUAUUUGGCUGUAUUCUAACAAAAUCGGAAUAUUCUACUACAACCAGUUUCAUGUUUAAGUACUAUACCGGUAUAUAUCUAUUUAACAAAAACUUCAUAUUUGCACCAAUAGACCUAUAAUUACUGAUAUUAUUCACAUGGUUUAAUCAGUUAUAAAUUAGAAACUCAAAUGUCAGAACAAAAUUUUUCAACAGAUUCGUGAACUUUUGGAUUUUAAAAAGUGUUUGUUUUUUCUUUGUUUGUAAACACUGUACAUCGUUUUAAC